CCCGCCACUUUCACUGCCAUCGUUGCGCACGUCGGGCUCCCUUUCUUCUCUUCACCCACGACUCUUUCAUCAUGAACUGGCUUACAUCCCUCUUUUCGUCGGGCUCUUCCCAAAAUUCGCGAAAGGGCCAAGCCAUAUCAUCCACGCACGAAGCAUUUUCCAUUCCGUCGUCCUCGCCCAUCUUUUCUUCUCAUCCAGAUGUAGAUACCCCGGACCCUGAGACGGCGACUUCUGGGUCGUACACCUACCCUCCAGCAACUCCCGGUUCUUACGCAUAUAUCCCGACUUUAAACGGCUCAAGUUCACAUUCUGCAUCUCUGUUGCCCAUGCAUCAUGACCCUCUUCAUACACCCUUCUCACCUUCCUCUGCUUACCCUUCUUUGACCUCUACAUGGAACCGCCUUCGCGCAUGGCUUGCUCGUGAAUACCCGGAACUAGGAGAUACCCUCAACUAUGGCAUUCUACCAGAGGUCCUGGCCCAGAUUGAGAUGCAGUUUGGCUUCCCUUUGCCUUCCGUAGUUCGCGAGUCAUAUCUCCUCGUUGACGGCCAAGAAGCCGAGUCAGCCGCUGGAUGCUCGGACGGUCUUUUCUUCGGCCUCAGUCUCUUGCCUCUCGAGGACGUGUAUGAAGAAUGGCGAUUUUGGCGCGAGGUCGAUGAUGAUCCUAUGACUGGCGCUAACGCCAGGCUGCGUAGCGCCAUGCAAUCUAUCCCGCCUAAUUGGAUCCAUAAGGAGUACUCUCAGCGUGGUUGGAUCCCUUUAAUUGCAGACAAGGCGGGCAACUAUAUAGGCGUCGAUCUUAAUCCAGGCGAAGCUGGUGCUGCCGGACAAGUCAUUGUGUUCGGUCGUGAUUUCGACACAAAAGUUGUUCUCUUCAAUGGCGAUGGCGUUACUGGAUGGGCUAAAUGGCUGGCAAGCUUUGUGGAUGAAUUAGAAAGUGGAGACGGGUUUGAAAUUGGUGCAUCUAAUGAUGCUAGUGAUGGGAGUGAAGAUGAUAUCGGUUAUGAAAGCUAUUUCUACGACGGUAGCGGUCGGGGCCAAGGCGACGGCGGUGGUGACGCGUACUCUGGCGGUGGUUUACGUUUAACUGGAGAAUAUAGAGGCUGGAGCGUGUUAGAAGCGUGGGCAGAUAAAAGUGUUCGGCGAUGGUUUGACAUCGGCGUGAUUGCAGAGGCUAUGGACGAUGAAGGAAAAGGAAAGGCCCCUGAAAAGAUGGACCUCAGUGUAUUGGAGAUAUCGCAAGGCUCUGGAGCCGAAGUUCCAAUACCUGUUCUCGCCGAUAUGGACGAAUCACCUAUCUUGCCGAUUGCGUCCAGUAGCAUCGUCAUAACAACUGCGCGGAAGACUCUUCCGAUAAUAGCGGUGACCAAACCACCAGUGCCUCUCCCCGUAGAAUUACCUACACCUCGGGACAUCGUUUCUCUGCCAUCACCUCCAGAUUCGACGCAUUCAUCUUUUGAUGAGGAUCUGGAAGCCGGGCGUCGCCGAGGUAUCCGGCAACUAUCCCUAGAGCAAGAGGUUAGCCUCGUAUCUUCGUCAAGGCAAUCUCAGCCGACCGACGAUCUUCCUGAUCCCACCGGACCUACAGUUCUGAUAGAGGAGCCAGAGCCUCUACUUCCUUCCACACCUCCUCAGGAAAUUUCAGGGAUACUGUCACCAUCUCCACCCGAUAUUCCUGAUCUUCUUGCAGAUUCUGCGCCGGUUUUGGCAGAGCCCAUACAACCUGUAACCCCUUCAUCAUCACGGCCUGAAGUGUCGAGCUCAUCGGACCCCAUCAUUGACACUUCUGAUGAGCUGAAACCUGAAACUGAUAGGUUGCAGGCACCAGGUGUCGACGUUAAUGCUGAUGCGACAGUUCGACUGGUCGACGAAGGCGGGUCAAGUACGGCGGAGGCGUCACCGGAUGCCGAGGAGAGGCACUCCACUGUAGAGGCUAUAGAAUCAGAUGCCGCCGCAAUGAUCUCAGAACUUGGCGUUUCCAGCAGCGAUGCAGGGGAUAAGAAGCACAAGAAGUCAAAGAGCGGUUUAGCUGGUCUGAAAAAACACCUUGGUGGACUACGGAAAAAGAACUCUGUUAGCAGUGUGAAGGAUAUGCAGGAUUCGACCUAAUAACACGAGGAGGCGCAUCAUCGUUCUUUUGAUUUGUUUUCAUGCAUUUCCCUGACUCCAGGAUGCGAACUUUGUCCGACACUUGCAUCUUUCCUCAUGACUGAUCACUGUAUUGGCUCGUUAAUUGCCCAUCUUCACUCCUUGUCGUUCAUGUAUUCUCGCAUUUCUUUUCGUUAUACCCAUAAUCGCAAUAAAAUAGUUCAAACGGUAUGGACAUUGGACACUCGCAAUAAUGCUUUCGUUUUGUCAGACUUUUUUUUAUUUGGCUAUACUUCACCUAUGGUAGAUGACUCUAGACGAAGUCUUUUUCGUUAAGAUUUGGCCGUCUUGUUGUACGACGCGGACCAGCUCAUAAUGCGAUGUUCAUAAAAGUAUAACAUUGUUUUAU